AGCAGCAUAUAUGUGGCUUCCCAAGUUGUCUUCCCUUUUCUUACCAAGUCGUCAAUUGUUUUUCCUCGUAGUUUAUCAUUUGAUUUUUCCCCCCAUUUCGCACGCAAAAAUAGGGUCUUUUCCUUUCAUGUUUCGUGUCUGUGUUUGCUUAUGCAAUUUGUGUGCAAACAACACUGUUUCCACAACAGGAGACACGUUGUGUACUAUGAUUGGUUUAUAUAUCAAAACUUAAUCCUGAUAAUUAGGGCUUAAACCCACAUUUCUUCCACGUAAGUGCCUUUGUAUAUAUGUUUUCCCUUGAUUUUGCUUUCUCAAGCUACUCAAUCUAGGAGGUUCUAACAUUUUUCCUUGUUGUGCAACGAUGGGUUAACCGAAGAAAGAAAAAGAACAUGAUGGAAGAGCUAAGAAGAGAAUGUUGUUGUUGAUUUUGGACGAUAAUCUUAUUUAGUUGAUGCAUGUUUCAUAUUGAGGUUGAAGUUUAAAACUCAUAAUAAAUAUUAUGUCUCAAAUGGUUCAUAGAUCCAUCAUGAUUUGAAGGGUACGAGACAUCACGUAGCUAGGAUUUUAAUCAGCUAUUCAUUUUAAAAUCGCUUGAAUCGAAAACUAGAUCGAUCUUUCAGUUUUGAAAACCUAUAGUUUUAGAUUAAGAUCAAUGAGUUUACUUGCAAAAUCACGUUAAUAAGUUCACUAAGAUGGGAUAAAACUUCCUUUGUGUCAUUUCAUCAAAGCUAAAAUUUGAAUUGUCGAUAUAUAAAAAUUUCUUGAUACUUAGUAUUAUACUCCAACCAAGACCUUAGGAAUCAAACCUAUUGAUUUAAGCCUUAAAAAACUCAAACUCCUUGCUUGCCCUUCAAGCAAAAGGUAUUUCUCACACAUCAAUAUGACACUUCAUUUUAUCUCUAUAAUCUUCCAUCGUUAGAUAAUUUUUAUGAACUAAAUCGUAUGCAUAUGAAACUAAUUUAAACAUAAAAAAGAAUCACUAUUUUAAUCUGAACUUCAUUCAUACCCACAAAUACAACUAAAUUAUGAUUCGAAUAACUUGUCAUUGAAAUACAGAUACAACUUGAAUUAUGAUUCCAAUAAAUUAUCAUUGGAAUGCAUACUUUUCAUAUUCAAUGCUCCUUUCCCAACGUGGAAUGGUGUCUGAGCCAGAGAAAUUCAAAGUAUAAACCCCACAAUCUGCCUCACACCAGAAAUCAAUAAUUGAAUGGAAAUUUACUGUAUUUCUUGUGGGCAGCAACCAGUCUGUCAUGUUCUUGUCGCCCCCUCAAUCAUAAAGCUAAAACACUUAAUUCUUCUCCAACACAAUUUAGUACAUAAAUAAUAAAAGCACAUUUAUUCAUUAGCCUAACUUUAUUUGUGGGGCUAUCACAUCAUCCGCUACGGUCUAUCGAAUGAUAACUUUUAGCUGAUAAGAUCUUAUCCAAAUGUAACAAUAUAAUCAUCUCUACUCGUAUGACAAAUCAUUAUAUCAAUGAUCUAAUAGUACUAAUUAUAAAAUGACGAUUUUACGGUGAUCGGAUUGUAUCCCAAUUAAACGAGUCUUAUAUGUUAGAUAAUGACGUCAUUGAUUUAACAAUAUCUGUUACAUAAUGAUAAUGACCUUAAUGUGAUCAGACCGUAUUCAUAAUCAAUAAUACAAUCAGUCUCGUAUGUUGUUUUAUUGAGCAUAUGUGGAACAAUACCAAACCACAUACCACCCCUAGUCAUUAGACAAAUAACAUUGUAUUUGCAUAUUCUUUUAGAUUGACAAAAAAAAGUGUCAAGUGUACUCAAUUUGCAUGGUUGGAAGAAACCCCAUCAAGGCUAACUCAACUUAGCAACCUUAUAAUCCGCUAGUCGAUCGACAAGUGUGUGCUCCUAAUUAGCAUUACUUGUGGGAUUCAAAGACAGAAAUGGUUGUUUUAACUUAAUGAUGUGGGUUGAUGCCACGUGUCCAACACUCAUCUGUGUUAACUACCUACCUACCUUUGCUAUCUAUCCACCACCAUGAGGCAUAUGCUAUAUUGCUAACCAUCUCCAAAGAAGUGUCCCCUUCACUUCCAAAUACUACGCCGUUUCAAAUUGCACAAAGAAACAAACAAACAAACCCUGUUUGGAGCUAAACUUACGUCUUGGAUUUUGGUCUCUCACCACACUCUUCACACUUGCAUACUGAAUUUAAGGGGCAGCACACUACUACUCCUGCCAAAGUGCAAACCUACUUCUCCUCACUCACUUUGGUCCCCUUUUCAACCCCAUCCUUUUCCAUAUUUAACCAUUUUGUAUUCCAAUUCACUAGCCUCAUUGAAAUGAAUCUCUUGGUCAAGAAAUGCACACAUAAUUCACAUGAAUGGAUAGGUGAAAGGUAGGUUGGGAGUAACAAAGUUCGAGUUCUUACAUCUUUAGCACAAACUAUACAUAUCAUUAAGUUAGCGAAAUGGACUAGAAAAGUAAGAAAGAGAAUGAGAUCUGAUCACUUAAGUGUAAGCGUUCAAGUAACUAAAACAUUCAUUCAAGUGUGAAUGAAAAUGUCUGGAUCUAUAAUAAAAGGAAGUUAAUAUGAGAUAACCGGACUUGAAGAGAAAAAUGUAAGGAGAUAAAUGAACAUAAUCAAGGACAUGUUCAAAAGGGUUUUGAGUUAUAAUUGUUUUUGUAUAAGCAUGCAUCGUGCUAAUGUUUGAUGGUUAAGACACUUCGACCUACCAUCUAUUCAACAAUCAACUGUUAACAAAUAUGAGUUAGUUGGAAAACCGAUCGAUACUAAGCAAACAAACCCACACAUAAGAAAUAUAAGAAGUUGAACUCUUACCACCUAAACUUUCGUAUAUAAAUAUCAUACUAAUACGAUUUAAACCAGUUAAACGAAUACGAUCAGGUAAAUACGAGUUAACCAAAUCCCAUAAAAAAGUUAGAAAGCAACAGAAGAGAGACACAACUAACAAGUUGUACCAAAAAGUUUUGCAACCUACCCUUCAAAUUUAAGUGUGAGUUUGAUAGGGGAGGCACAUUUAUUAAUUUAAUUAUGUUAUGUGAACAUAAACUAUAAGAAUACAAUAAUUCUCUCUCUCUCUUCCCAAUCCAAAGAUGGUGAGUUAGAUGGAGAACGUUUAGCCAUACAGUUCACCAACCCGUCUCCUACAAGCUGCCGCUCUGUUGUUUGUUGAUUUCACCUCAUGAUUCCCUCUCUCCCCUUCUCCUUGCCUCUUGCUAUAAAUAGAAACCCCACAUAGCCCUUUUGACAAAACAGAGCAAUCAAAGUAGAAAGAAAAGAACAGAGAAAACAGAGCAUUUCGAAAACUGAAUCUCAAGAAAGAAAGCAAGCAAGAAGAAUUGCGGAAAUGGGUUCUGACCUUCCAGAUCAUCCAGUUUGCGUUCUCGAUGCUUCGAGCUACGUGGGUUUUUGGAUUCUCAAGGGUUUGUUGAGCAGAGGGUACUCAGUUCAUGCCGCUAUCCAGAACAAGAAAGGGGGAGAAGCUACAGAGAUCGAGAAGAAGAUAAUGGAAAUGGCGAAAGAAGAUGACACAAAGCUUGUGGUGUUUGGAGUGGACGUGUUGGAUUACCAGAGCAUUUUAGUUGCUCUGAAAUCCUGCUCUGGCGUCUUCUGCUGCUUGGAUUUCCAGGAUCCGUACGAUGAGAAGAUGGUGGAUUUGGAGGUCAGAGGGGCGAUCAAUGUGGUGGAAGCGUGCGCUCAGACCGACUCCAUAGCCAAAAUCGUGUUCACUUCUUCUCUGACGGCUGCGAUUUGGAGGGAGAACAUUUGUUCGGAGAAGGAUGUGGAUGAGAGGUCAUGGAGUGACCAAUCGUUCUGCAGGAAAUUCAAGUUGUGGUAUGCAUUGGCAAAGACACUCUCAGAACAGGCAGCAUGGGCACUAGCCAUGGACAGAGAUCUCAACAUGGUCUCCAUCAACCCCGGCCUCAUACUCGGCCCUAGCGUCUCACAACAGAAUCCUCGAUCGACCAUGGCGUAUCUCAAAGGAGCGGCCCAAAUGUUCGAGAACGGAGUUCUGGCCUACGUGGAUGUGAAUUUCCUAGUCAGUGUUCACAUUCGAGCUAUGGAGGACACAUCCACCUGCGGCCGGUACUUGUGUUUUGAUCAGAUUGUGAACACAGAAGAAGAAGCUGUCAAAAUUGCACAAGGAUUGAGCCCUUUGAUCUCACUACCACAAAGCUAUGAGUGUGGAGGAAGUGAGGUCUAUGAGGAAAGGUUGAGAAACAAGAAGUUGAAUAAGCUUGUUGAGGGGACUGCUUAUUGAUGAAUAGGACACCACGAAAAGAUGUUGGGAUUAGAGGGAACCGUUUUUAAUUGUUUUGGAAUGUAAAUAUUUUAUUGGGUAAUUCAAUUACUUCGAGUUUUAAUUUCUUGUCGGAUCCAAUUUAUUACCAUCAUAUAGUUAGUAAAAAAUCCAUGUUUAA